CGCAUAUAUCAGUCCGUACAUACCAUCAUCACAAAGAUUUUGUUAACCAGAGUCGGAUCGAAAGCUAAAAGCAGAUUAACAGUGAAGCGGUAAAUGAAGAAGGAGAAGAGCUCCCGAUCAACAAUAUCAUCUUUCCAAGUAUUUUCGAUCCAUGUUUGCUGCGGGCUAGCCUUGGCCGUUGGAUUUUGGGUGGCCCACAAUAUUUAUUCCAUCAAUCUCAUCUCUGAUCCCUCCGCCACUCUUCGUUUGAUCUGGGCUGUUGAAUUCCCGGUUGUUAUCCUUCUUUUCAGUUGUUGUAGACAGAAAUGCUCGUAUUUGAAAGCUAUUUGCCGAGGUUUGCUGGGACUUCCUUUCGGUGCUCUUUUAAAUGCGCUUGGAGCGUUAGUUUUGGGGGCACCCGUCGGAUUGCAAUACUUUGAAAGGACAGUUAGUUGGUCUCUUCUGAUGUCUUCAUUGACUUUUGUACCUACAUUUUGUGUUUAUGGUUCAUGUUGGACAGAUUGGCAUCGCAUAUUUGCAUGUACAAAGCCGAAUGGACCUUUGGAUUUUAUGCUUUGUCUACCAGCGCAUGGAGCUGUCAUUGGAGCUUGGUUUGGUGCUUGUCCUAUGCCACUUGAUUGGGAACGUCCUUGGCAGGAUUGGCCAAUCUGUGUGAGUUAUGGAGCCAUGGCUGGUUAUGUGGCUGGGAUGGUGGGGUCCCUUGCUCUUGCACUAAUGCGUGCUGCAGGAGGAAAGCAACUGAAAGCAGAGUAGAUGGUUCACUCCUCUUAUUUUAGUUAGAUUGUAUUCUGAUUAACUAGUAUGUUACUAAUUAUUUUUUCACUUUGUUUAUUCAAUCCCCAUGUAUAAGAUCCAACUUUGAACAGAAUCUGUAAAAGAUGAUAAACUGUGAGCCUCAACAAACCACUUGUAUGAGAAA